AGAAACUGUACUAUCUCGAAUUGUUUGACUGUUUUAGUGAAUCCUACGUUGUAGCUGAUUGAUUGACUGACGCGUAGAAACUAAUUUGAUUCAAACAAUACUAUUGAAUAUUCAAUGUCAUUUAAUCUUCAUCAAAUACAUUAUACAUCUAUAAAAACAACCAUUAGAAAUUCUGCAAAACUUUUAUUACCAUCUAAGGCAUUAUCUAACAAACAUUAUAAAAGUAAAUUAAUUGUGGCAGAUACUACUGGUGAUAUACAUUCAUUUCAAUAUAUUAAUGGAUUAAAGCAUACGAAAUUUUCUGUGGAAUCACCAAUUACAUGUAUUUGUAUUGGAACAUAUCAAAAUAAUGAGAAACAACGUAUUAUUAUUGUUUGUCAUAAUUUUAAUAUAUCUGGAUUUACAUUAAAAGGAAAACCACUUUUUGAAUAUCCCUCAACUAUUCAAGGUCAUGUGAAUUCAAUGUUUAUACAAUCUACAAAUAUUUAUUAUACUGUAGGAUGUAUGUAUCAACAAUUAACAAAUUUUAAAGAUACUGAAUUUCUUUUAUUACCUGAUAUUAUUACAAGUAUAUAUGUGAUUAAUAAUGAUGCUACAUGUUCAAUACCACUUGUUGUUCUUGCUUGUAAAGAUAAAUUAAUACGUAUUUUGAAAAAUGGUGUAUUGUUAUGUGAAUUGGAAAUUUCUAGUUCACCAGUCUACCUAAAUAAAGCGCAUAAAAGUUAUCCUUCAAAUUAUUUAAUGUAUGGAACAUCAGAAGGUUAUUUUGGUCUUUUUCAAGUGACAAGUGAAAAUGUCACAAGAAUAUGGGAAGCCUCAUCAAAAUUUGGUACCAGUGAAAUUCUAUCACUGGAACAUUAUGAUAUGUUGAAUUAUGAUGAUAACAAAAACAAUAGCAAUGAUGAUGAUGAUGUUGAUGAUAGUGAAAAUACUGAAGAGAUAUUAAUUGUUGCUUUUACAAGUGGAAGAAUCGAACUGUAUAAAUAUGAUCAAUAUAAAUACCCAUUACUGAUGUAUGAAACGAACGUAAAUUAUCACUUAACAUCCGUGAUGGCUGGUCGAUUUUCUAAUGUAAAUUAUCCGGAACUUUUAUGCAUUACAUAUACUGGUUUGAUUUUUGGUUUAACUACACAACCAAUCAGAAAAGAAACAUUCUUCGAUCAACCUGACGUAAUGGAACUUCAAUUUAUGUCAAAAAUGGAUAAAUUAAAUGAAGAAAUUUCAAAUUUAGAAAAUCAAUUACAAUUAAUGAAAUUGAAUCAAAAACAAAAUGAAAAAGACCAAAUUAUUUUAAUACCAUUAGAAUUAGAUUAUAAAUUUUAUUUAAAUAAAGAUCUAUCUGUAUAUUGUUUAAAUAUAGAAACUCAAAUAUCAAUUGAUCAUAUAUUAAUACAAAGUAAUUGUCCAAUUGAUUUAUUUGAUAUUGAAGAGAAUACAGCUGUAAGUAGUUCAAGUGAAUGUACAAAAGAUGACGGGAAUGCAUUAUUAACAACGUAUCGGUGCCAAGUAAAUACAACACGGUUUGACAUUCAAUUUCGUACAGUUGAAGGUCAUUACGGUCAUGUAUCUGUGUAUGUAGUACCAAAAAUAAAUUUAUCAAAUAUGGUUACAUGUAAAUGUAUUAAGCUAUUAAUACAUCCGUUAUCAUUACAUUGUUUAACUCAUCAUAUAGAAGAUGAACCGUUAAAAAGAUAUUGGAACAGUUUACAACUAACUGGUAAUUUCUCUUUAGCGGAAAUGCAUAAUUGGUUAUCUAUGUGUUUACCUGAAACACCUGAAAGGCCUACAUUAAUUAAUUCGGAUACAUUUCAAGGUGAUAAUAAUGACAAUCGAGAUGGUGAAGAAUCUGCCCAACUAUUCUAUAAAUCAAUUUAUCUUAAAAGUCAAUUGAAAUGCGUUUAUGCAAAAGGUUAUGCUAAUCUCCAGUCGGACAAUCUCUCUACAAUUGCUAUAUUGAAAGAUGUCUUAACUAAAGAAGCUACUAGAAAGAAAAUUCAAUUAUCAAUCAACUUAGAUAUUCAAAUGGAUAGUAUAGAAUAUAUGUUAAGAAUGAUUGAUACCAAACUAGUUUAUCUUAAAGAAUUAGAAAAGAAAGUAAAAUUAAUCAAACCAAUAACAGAGUUAAUUUCAAAUGAAAUUCAAUCUAUCCAUAGAGAUAAUUGUUUAUUUAAACAAAUUACUCCAAAUGAUAAUCCAUUACCAUCAGAUUAUUUUCCAUUAGAAUAUGUACAAAUAUGGAAAGAUUCAAAUAAAUUAAAACAAGAAUUCAAAUAUCAAUCAUGUCAAUUAAAUAGAUAUUAUGAGUGUAUUGUCAGUCUCUACAUUGAUAAAUAUCGUUUUCAAGGGAGAGAUGUAAGCUAUAGAAAGGAUGAUUUAUUUAAACUAUUGGAAAAUUAUAAUCUGGAUAAAUUAAUUGAAUAUUUUAACCAAGAACUAUCUGUAUAAAAUCUGUUUUUGUUUGUUUGUUUUUUUUAUUAUUUUUUGAGCGAUAUCUUUAUAUUUAUAUGCUUGUAAUGAUUGAAUUUUAUGGUAAAUACAUUAACUUAAUACUGA